AUGGUCCUGUUAUCUCUUGCUAUCGAAGGCCAUGUCCAGAGUAAGAACCAUGCAGACAUUAUUCAGAGAAAUCUGCUGACGGAACAGUUCUCUCUCAAAGGGCGAACGGCCCUCGUCACCGGUGGCGCCCGUGGCUGCGGCCUUGCUUUCGCUGAAGGGCUGGCAGAAGCCGGAGCAGACGUGGCCAUCUUCGACAUCAUCCCUCCCGUGCCGGAAUUCUUCGACAUAGAAAAGAAAUACGGUGUGAAGACGGCACAUUACCACUCUCAGGAGUCUCUCCGCGAAGGCUUUUCCAAGUUCAGCAAGGAUUUCAACAAUGCUCUCGACAUCUGCGUCCCUUGUGCCGGUAUCAACCGUCACAUUCCUUUCCUGGAAUUCACUUACGAAGAACACCAGAAUCUGCUGUCGACCAACGUCAUGGGCGCCUAUUUCACCGCCCAGUUGGCAGCCAAGCAGAUGAUAGCCAACGGCACCAAGCAUGGCAGCAUUAUCAUGGUGGCCAGCAUUGCCAGCUACAUGGCGGUGCGCAGCCAGCUUAGCAGUGCCUACUGCGCGAGCAAGGGCGCUGUUCGAGCUAUGGUUCCAGCUAUCGCCAAAGAGUUGGCGCCUCAUGGCAUCCGAAUAAACUCUAUCUCCCCAGGCUACGUCCGGACGGAGAUGACAGCCGGUUUCCCCCAUCUUCUAGAGAGCUGGAAAGAUGAGAUCAUGAAUGGCCGGGUCGCUGAACCAGACGACAUCCGAGGAGCAUGCGUCUUUCUCGCCAGCGAUGCAAGCUCCUACAUGACCGGACAGGAUAUCCUGGUAGACGGCGGUGUAACCAAGUGGUAG